AUGCCUCCACGAGCACGCGGCCCACAGCGUGGCGCAGACACCAUCCGAAUCCUGGUCGCCACGGACAGCCAUGUCGGAUACCAAGAGAUCGAUGCUUACCGCAAGGACGAUAGCUGGAAGACCUUUGACGAAGUCAUGCGUUUGGCAAAGGAGCAUGACGUUGACAUGGUGCUACAUGCUGGCGAUCUGUUCCACGAGAACAAGCCGUCGCGGAAGUCGCUCUAUCACGUCAUGCGAUCGAUACGACAAAACUGUCUGGGAGACAAGCCUUGUGAGCUGGAGAUGCUGAGCGACGCCAGUGAGAACUUUGGUGGAAUCUUCGACCACGUCAACUACGAAGACGAUGAUAUCAACGUUGCGAUACCUGUAUUCGCAAUCCAUGGUAAUCACGACGAUCCCUCGGGUGAAGGCUCAUAUUCUCCACUGGACCUACUACAGGCUUCUGGCCUGGUCAACUAUUUCGGUCGUACGCCUGAGGUAGACAAGAUAGCCGUCAGGCCCGUCUUGCUCCAGAAAGGCCAAACAAAGCUGGCGCUAUACGGUCUUAGCAAUGUGCGAGACGAGCGGCUCUUCCAUACCUGGCGAGAUGGGAAGGUCAAGUUCUUCCAGCCAAGAACUCAGAAAGACGAGUGGUUCAACAUCAUGAGCGUCCACCAGAAUCAUCACGCCCAUACACCAACCAGCUACCUCCCCGAGAAUUUCUUGCCAGAAUUUAUGGACCUCGUAGUGUGGGGUCACGAGCACGAGUGUCUCAUUGACCCGCGCCUCAACCCCGAGAUGGGCUUUCAUGUCAUGCAACCGGGCUCAUCAAUUGCCACUUCUCUGAUGCCCGGUGAGGCCGUGCCGAAGCAUGUCGCUAUUUUGAGCAUCACGGGCAAAGAGUUCCAGACUGAGACUAUUCGACUGAAGUCUGUUCGGCCCUUCAUCAUGAAGGAGAUUGUGCUUGCUGAAGAGAAAGAGAUCAAACAAAAAGAGCUGUGGCGAAUGAGCGACAAUCGUACAAAGAUCACGCAAUACCUUAGCAAAGUGGUGGAUAGUCUCAUAGAGCAAGCUAAACGGGAAUGGCUCGAGCUGCAAGACGACCGGGAAGAGGAUGAUGAACUCGAGGUUCCGCUACCGCUUGUGCGCCUGCGCGUUGAGUACACAGCGCCCCAUCCCGGACAGUUUAAUGUCGAGAACCCUCAGCGCCUGUCCAAUAACUUCCAGAAUAAGGUGGCCAAUCAAAAUGACGUUGUACAGUUCUAUCGAAAGAAGAAGACUGCGACACGAACAUCGAAGAACAAGACUGAAAUGCCAGAUGACUCAGUGUUGGCAGAGAUGUCAGCUAGUACUGUGAAGGUGGAUAAGUUAGUCAAAGAGUUCUUGACUGCGCAGACAUUGACGAUCCUACCGCAAAACUCCUUUGGAGAUGCUGUGCUUCAAUUCGUUGACAAGGACGACAAGCACGCGAUGGAGCUCUUUGUUGAAGAGAGUCUAACGAACCAGCUCACACACUUGAUGAACGCCAAUGAACUUGACGAAGAGCACAUCAUGAACGAAAUGGACCAAUACAAAUCGCAGCUGGAGAACUUGUUCUCGGCCGGCAAGAUCAAGAAAACGAAAAGGUCCAAUCUGAAAGCUAAGCCCUUCGGUUGGGACAGUGAAGAAGACGGUCACUGGGCGGAUGACCCAGGCGCCCUCAUCCGACCAGUUGAUGGCGGAGAAGAUAAUGAUUUCGGAGAUGAUGCUAGCGUGGCGUCUGUGACGACCAAGAAAGCUACGGCACGCGGUCGUGGUAAAGCUGCGGGUACCACGCGACAAACGGCAGCAGCCGCGAAGAAGAAGCCGACACCAGCUGCAAAAGGUGGACGUGGCAAGAAGAAGGUCGUUGAAGAGGAGGAGGACGAAGAGGAAGAGGAUGUGAUCAUGCUGAGCGAUGACGACGAGGAGAGUGACGAGGGCAUGUUUGUUCCUGAAGUUAUGAAGAAGGCUCCUGCAAAGAAGACUGCUGCUAAAGCACCUGCGAGGGCGAAAUCACCCGCGAAGAAGACGACGACCAGCCGGGCAAAAGCUCCGGCUACCGGCAAACAGUCGACCCUGAACUUCUCUCAACCUGCUUCACAGCGCAGUCAGCCCACGCGGACACCUGCAGCCCGAGGCAAGAAGGCUGCCGAGCCGAGCGACGACGAAAUCGAAGACGACGAGGACGCAUUUGACCCACCUCCUACAGCCCGCACUACCAGGAGGAGGUAG